AUGGGCGGAGUUAAAAUAAGAGUGAUAGCCACUUAUGAAGGAAUUAUGUGGAAUGUGAGAAGUACGUUCGGUCAUUUAAUUAUGGAAGACGAUGAUGAAGAGGAAGAGGAAGACGAUGAUGAAAAUGAUGAAGAGGAAGACGAUGAUGAAGAGGAAGAGGAAGAUGAUGAUGAAGAGGAAGAGGAAGACGAUGAUGAAAAUGAUGAAGAGGAAGACGAUGAUGAAGUGGAAGACGAUGAUGAAGAGGAAGAGAAAGACGAUGAUGAAAAUGAUGAAGAGGAAGACGAUGAUGAAGAGGAAAACGAUGAUGCAUUGUCCGAGCAGGCUUGCCUGUUAUUACGUUGGCACAUGCAUACAUUUUUGUCGGCAUCAAAAUUUUUGGAUCAAUAUUAUCCCUUUUUUGAUAACUUCAAUAUUUUCUUUCAAAGNGCUUGGACAACCACUGUAUACGUUUGCGACAACAAAGCAAGUACCUGUCGAACACAACACUUCCUCUUCGUGACCCAGGGUCACAUCUCAUGUUUGUUGAACGUGAUCAUCGGCGUAUCAACUAUGUUUCCAAGGCAAGGCACAGGCCAAUAA